CUUAAAAUUCAGUUUUGCUCGAGCUAGCAGGUCGACCGCAUGUUGGAUUGAUUGAACAAGCGCGGUUAAUUUGUCGCAUCGAUUAUCUUUUCUACGCGGUUGGGUGUUGUGCAACGAUAACGGAUUGAUACAACGAAGAGAUGCUGCACCAAAGUGACAAAAUGAUGAAGCUCAUAUCAGUUGUGGUUUGGCUUUUAAUGACGUUGGAAGGUCUUAAUUCACAGAUGGCUGCCAAAUAUAAGGUCGAGCAGCUUCCGGGUCCACUGUGUCAGCUCGGAGAGGGUCCGGUAUGGGAUGCAGCCACGCGGAGUGUUUUCUACGUAGAUAUCAAUGGAGCGGCCAUUCUUCGCUAUGAUUAUGCUGACAAUAAAACCUACAGUGCCACGAUUGAUGGCAUCUCGCCCAUUUCCCCGAUCAUCCUCAUCCAGGGCAAGUCGGACCAAUACAUCAUUGGAUCAGGCAAUAAACUGAUUCUGGUUAGCUGGGAUGGGAAGGCCAACAAAGCUACGUUCGUCAAGACCGUAGGUGAUUUGGGAGAUUCGGAGAAGCAUGUACGCUUCAACGAUGGUAAAGUGGAUCCCCGGGGACGUCUCUACGCGGGUACAAUGCGACUCGAAACUCUGGGUGAUAUCUUCGACCAGAAUGAGGGUAAACUCUACCGCUUCGAGGGCAAGGUGGGAGGAAAGUUUUACGAGCAGAAACGAGGCAUCAAUAUCUCUAAUGGGCUCACGUGGGAUGAGCGGACGGGUAAGUUUUACUACAUCGACUCGGGAGCACUGGACGUGAAGGAGUUUGACGUGCUGGAGAACGGCGAUUUGCGCAAUGAAACCAUUUUGGUAGAUUUGAGGGUUGACGGAAAGAGUCCCGGUUUCGUCGCGGAUGGAAUGACCAGCGAUGUAGACGGGAAUCUAUUUGUAGCCACAUGGGGAGGAUCGAAACUUCUGAAGUUGAAUGCAAAGACAAAGAACAUCGAACAGGAAAUUGUUAUUCCCGCUAAACAAGUAACAUCCGCGUCCUUUGGGGGGCCGAAUCUGGAUGAACUGUUUGUGACUACGGCACACACCAACAAUCAGGAGCCGCCCGCUGGUGCGCUCUUCAAGGUCACCGGACUGGGGGUGACAGGAAAGGAGAUGUACAAAAUGGUACUGCAGGAGUGAAUAUUUCUUGCUCAUGAAAAUCCAUCUGUAUGCCAUCUAGAAAAAGAGGAAACUAAAACGCUUAAUUCACUUUGCAAAUAGUCAUUCUGAUCACUUGAAAAAUUUUGAUAUCUAAUCGUUUGUGUAAUAAAAUUUUUAUCGUCUUUGC